AUGAUCGCAGGACCUAGAGUCACAGACGUCUGGCGAACACGAGACGCCCUGCAAACUUAUAUUGGCGAAUGGCAUGGCUUUGCACAGGGAAGCAAGUGUGUGCAGGUGGUGACACCGAUUUUCCGGAAGUACUGUAUCCGUAAACUACACUACACCGCAACGACAGGAAGGAAAAGAAACAAAGAGAAAUGGAGACAGAUGUACAAGGCGCUGAAUAGGACGGAGAUGACAAUGCGGCAGAUGAGGGUACAGGAACAGCUUUCCCUUCCAGUCAACCACAACGCACAGUUAAAGGAUGGGGAAGGCAAAGUCAUAAGGAAAGACAUCAUGGGCAAAGAGGGAUAUGUGGGAAUGAUAUGUGCAAAGGAGGGAAGAGGGAGCUGGGUCAUGCGAGUUGGUUAG